UCCAUGUUUUGAAUGUCCAUAGAGGGAGUAUCACUUUUGGGGUCACUCCAUAGCUUGGACAUGAACCAUAGCUCAGACACGAACCAUGUAUUAUUAUCGACCUUAAUGGAUGCAGUUGACGUCCACUUUGUCAGGGAGCGCAUUAGGACAAUAUACCCGUUAAAGCGAGGUGGCCGCUUUCAGGUUUCUCUCUGCAUAGAGAUUUUGGAAAAAUUUUACUAAUUACGUUUGUUUCCAAAAAGUGGAUAAUAUAAUAUUAUGUCAUUAUUCGUUUAACGCAAAAUUUCAAUGGCCGAGCAGGAGAUUGAUUGUAUUUUCUGUAAAAUUAUCAGAAAUGAAGAGCCGAGUGAAAAAAUUUACGAGGAUGAUGAUGUCACAUGUAUUAAAGAUAUCAAUCCAGUAUCAACACAUCAUUAUUUAAUAUUACCAAAUAAACAUAUACGCAAUGCAAAAGAACUUAAACCUGAAGAUUCUGAUCUUUUUAAUAAAAUUGUUGCCACAGUAGACAUUAUCUCAGAAAAAUUGAAUCUUAAUCCUGCGUCUACACGAACAGGAUUUCAUUGGCCACCAUUUAAUACAGUUAAUCAUUUACAUCUACAUGUUAUUUCUCCAAUAGAGAAAAUGAAUUUAAUGAGAAAAAUGAUGUUUAAAUAUAAUUCCUAUUGGUUUGUGAGUGUAAGUAUGAAAUUUUAUUAUAUAUUGCAAAUACUAUGCAAAAAAAAUUACUACACAUUGCCAACUUCUUUUUACAGACUGACUAUGUCAAGUCUUGCUUAGGAAAUUGUAAAUUAUAAAGUAUUAU